GCACAUAAUUCUAUUACCCGUGAUUCCGACCAGUGCCAGUUGUGAGAAAAAAAAAAUUAUCAUGGAGAAAAAAGUAAACCAGAAUAUACUCCGCAAGAGGGGUAGACCCGCUGGUAAAAAUAGAGUGCCUUUGUCUCAGGUGAGCAAAUUAACUCUUUAUUGUAUUGUAUUAAAUAUAUUGAUGAUACAAGUCGUUGGAAUAUAUAACAUAAAUGAUGAUUUUUUCAGAAUGAACGCAGAGCUAGAAACGCGCAGUAUGAAAGGGAACGCAGAGAAGAGAUGGUGGGUGCGUUUGCAGACUUGGCUGCGGCUGUUGGCGUCACCGGUUCCAUCUCAAAUGCAGAACUCCUGGCAACAGUAAUCACAGAGCUCCAACGAGCUUCGCAGGUCAAGCAUAGCAGUGACUUAGACUCGUUGCGGCGGUGUAAUAAGAAUCUUAUGGCUCAGAUUGAGACCUUGGAGCAGCGGCUUACAGAAUGUGAUGAGAUCGAGAGCUCCGGACCCCCGACUCGAGAACUCACGGACACGUCUCGACCGGUCAAAAGGAAGCGGGAGGAUUGUGAGACGCCGGUGGAUAUUCCCAUUCCGAAGCCUUCGUUAGAUUUUGUGAUCAAGUUGGAUCAUGAAAAUGAACACCCCGUGCCAGAACAUUUGUCGGUGCAAGAGAUUCUGCCAGCGGAUUUGCAGACGUCAUCGGAGAGCAGCGCCUUUGACCAUCGGGAGCGUGGUGUCAAAUAUUCACCUUUCGCAAGGCCGCACAUGCCCGCUCCUAAGUGUGAGAUAGAGACCUCUGACCACAUUCAACUUGUGCCGCCUUAUACUGAGCAGAUCUACUAUCGCCAUGCAUCCCAGCAGUGUCAUGCCGGUCCUUUUUCAUCAAACUCGUCAUUCAGACAAGACCACACGAGCUUCAGCGGAGAGAUAAAGCAUUCGCUCGACAAUAGCUGUUUGCCUACGGAUCCCUGGCUCCCAAUCGUGGAGACGUCGGAUCAGAAUUUCCCCGCUUCGAGGGAGUCACCAGUGAGCAGCACCUCUGACCAACAGGAUUACGUUGUCGACUAUUCCACCUAUCACUUCGCCGGGCCACAGGUUCCCACACCCGAGUAUCAGCUAGAUACUACGGUUGAACCGUCUGGAUAUAUCAAUCCUGUACAGCCAUACACAGAGGAGGCGUACUGGCACCAUUCACCCUGGCUGUGUCGCUCCGGCCCUUCUUCACCGGAAGAGCAGUUGUCGCCAUCUCAGUACCUGAAUCCUGGGACACACCAUGGAUUUUGAUAUUAUGAGCCAUUAUGGAAAUUGUUAUAAAUAAAUGUUUUAGUCCGUCUUGCUGUUUUCAUUGUCAUAUAUAUAUAAGGUGCCUAACUAAGUACUAGAUUUUCAUAUGUUAAAUUGCCUAUUACACAGCCUCUCCAUGCAGCACAAGAAUUAGCUGAAUAUAAAUCUAAAAAGUGAGAAUCAUAAUUUUUUAUCCGCUACAUAUAAUAUUUAAUAAUCUGUUGGUGGGCACUUGUUAUCAUAGUUGUACCUGAUAAAUGCACGUUAUAUUAGAGAUAAAUAUGCAAUGGCAACAUUAUUAAUCCUU